GUAGAUAGACAGUGGUGAAUAUAAAUAGUGAGCGAUUCAAAGACAUUCGAAGUAUAUAUAAAUUAAAAUAGUAUUGUUUAAAAUAAAUAAGUGUUUAAAUAAAUUAUUAAUAAAUAAAAUGUUGUUUGAAAAUAAACAAACAUCACAAUAUCAAUCAGAUAACAAUAAGAUAAUAUCAUUACCGGGAUUAUCUCACAGAAAACUAGGAAAGAGAUUUAAUAAUAAAGAUUUCGAAAUGGCUAGUCAAACAUAUUUCUAAUUUAAAGUGGCUGUGUAUGUAUUAUUGUGUAUUUAGAAAAAAUGGCCUGGUACAAUACACUUACCGUUGAGGUUCCUCUGUUUUUUACUUUCGUCAACUUUAUUCUAACAGGUUCGAUUUUUACAAAUCAAGUCAUAUACAGGACUUGUUACAUUUUACUUGGAUACAAUAAAACCGAUUGCAGUCGGCUGGGAAAGGAAGCCAACAAUGAUACUAAAUAUUUAGAAAAAAUGGUUGAACCAACUGCUGAUGUUAUCCUAAUGUACAAAUCAAUUGCAGAUUCACUCUUUCCAAUAUUCAUUUGUAUGAUUGCGGGACCUUGGUCUGAUAAAAAUGGAAGAAAACCAGUUUUAUUAAUGACUUUAAUUGGUAUUGGAUUGGGUGGAUUUAUAAUGAUCAUUUUUAGUUAUUUUGAAAAUUUGAACCCCUGGUAUUUUUUAAUUGCGUCCAUACCAUCUAUGCUAACUGGUGGUGGCACAACAUAUUUUGCGAUAACGUUAUCAUAUCUUUCUGAUAUUUCAACUCCCGAAACCAGAGGUAUGAGAAUGGCAUUCUACGAAGCAGCUCUUAACUGUGGUGUGCUUUUGGGAAGUGUUUUAAGUUCCUACAUAUUCUAUGCUACUAAUUACGAAUCCGUUUUCGCCAUUGGCACAGGAAGUAUGCUCAUUGGAAUUGUGUACACAAUUUUUCUUAUUCCAGAAUCUCUUCCGAUGAGAGAGGGGACUGCAGAUAGUUCUGAAAAUUCCUUGAAUCAAAAUAGACCAAUUGUGGGAGCAAAAUACUUUAUCGACAUGGUUUAUACAGCAAUAAAAAAACGAGAAAACUACGAUAGAGCUAUUAUCCUCCUGACAGUGUGCUCAAUCAUAAUGUACACUUUUCAAACUAACGGCGAUUAUGGAAUACAAUUUAUUUUCCUUCGGCAUAAAUUAAAUUGGACCCUAACGAAAUAUACCCUAUAUUUCGCAGCUAUAAAUAUUAUUUGGGUUAUAGGAACAAUGUCUGGAACAAUUAUCUUUUAUAAAAAAUUGAAAUUUAGGGAAUCAGUAAUUACGAUCGUUGGAUUAACUUUUAUGAUAGGUUACGCUACUUUGCAAUUGUUAGCCAAAAACGAUAUUUAUAUUUAUAGUGCUGGUGUCUUAAAAUCCAUAGGGAGUCUAGUAAAUCCCAUGCUUAGGUCGCAAGUUUCUAAGAUGGUGCCCCCAAACGAAGUAGGAAAAAUAUUUUCCGUAAUAGUAGCUGGAGGAGCACUGAUAGCAUUAGGAGCUUCUCCUGCAUAUACGUUUAUAUAUAAUGCUACCAUUAAUAUAGAUUCUGCGUAUUUUAAUUUCUUAUCCAUUGGUCUAUUAAGUAUAUCAGGUUUUUUAGUGAUAAUUAUAUUGAUGUUGGAACGUAAAUCCAAAUCUGUGCCUCUUAAAAAUGAAGAAACCAAAUCCGAGUCUCCAGUGUCUCAAUAAGCUUUUAAUUAAUUUGAAGAGAAAGAAG